GGCGCUGGCAUCGGGACGUUGCCGGCCCCGGACGAGCGUCCCAGUAUCGCGUCGAUUCGCAGCCGACUCCGUCUCGCGACAUGCCGAGAUGACAUUCUUUCCCCUACGACGACGAAGACGAACAGUGAAAAUGUUGACCAAGGAGGGUUUGUGAAUGCGCGAUGCAGCAACAGCCUGAUAGUGGAGCACCCGGUGGAAGUCCCGCGGCUACGGGGGCUACGGGAACGGCUGCAGCUCGCAGCCACGUUAACGGGGGCCGAUUCGAUUUCGACGACGGCGGAACAUACUGCGGCGGCUGGGAAGAUGGGAAAGCUCAUGGACACGGUGUGUGUACCGGCCCGAAGGGACAGGGCGCCUAUAGUGGCUCCUGGCAUUACGGAUUCGAGGUGUCUGGAGUCUAUACUUGGCCAAGUGGUAGCUGUUUUGAAGGGCAGUGGCAAAAUGGUAAAAGACAUGGACUAGGAGUUGAGACGCGUGGGAGAUGGAUUUACAGGGGAGAAUGGACGCAGGGUUUCAAGGGCAGAUACGGGGUGAGACAAUCGAACACCUCCACUGCAAAAUAUCAAGGAACUUGGGCGAAUGGACUACAAGACGGUUAUGGAUCAGAAACAUAUGCUGAUGAUGGAACCUAUCAGGGACAAUGGAUGCGCGGCAUGCGGCACGGUUACGGAGUCCGAACGAGCGCCCCUUUCGGCAAAGCAUCGAAAUAUCGGGGUCAGAAGGCGCUGCGCGGGUCGCUAUCGUCGCUGCGCAGCAGUGAACCAGGCGCAACACCCCUGGAUGCCGCAGAGAAGAGAGACCGACGCGUGGACGAUUCCAGGGGAGGCUUCGUAUUGCAGAGCAAAAGUACCGAGCCUACUUCAACCAGUAGACGGAGAUCGUUGGGGUCAGGAAACAUUAAAAAAAACAUUUUUAAAGGUAUUCUUAAGAAAGGUGCCAGUACGGGGGAGUUAGAUAGGAGAACUGGGUCAGGAAGUAUCCGAAGUAAUGCUUCGUCUGUAUCCUACAUCAGCACUGAUUCAGCCGGAUCUGUGAUGACCAAUGCUUCGAUGCCGUCAGAUUCCAAUGCCAGUUUUGUGAUAGAUGAUGAACAUAUGGAUCCAAAUAUAACCGAAACCUACAUGGGUGAAUGGAGUAAUGACAAACGGUCUGGAUACGGAAUCAGUGAGAGGUCGGACGGCUUGAAGUAUGAGGGCGAAUGGUAUGCAAAUAAGAAGUAUGGAUAUGGUGUAACUACGUUUAGUAAUGGCGAAAAGGAAGAAGGAAAAUACAAAAACAACGUUCUUAUAACUAGUCAAAAGAAAAAGAAACUUUUCUUAAUGAGAAGUGCAAAGUUCCGGGAGAGGAUAGAUGCUGCUGUUAACGCUGCACAGAGAGCUUCUAAGAUUGCCCUUCAAAAAGCUGACAUUGCCAUUUCUAGAACUGCGACAGCUCGCGGGAAAGCAGAACAAGCCGAUAUCGCAGCGGCACAGGCCCGAGAAGAUUCGGAAGUAGCAGACACUGUAGCUAGGCAAUAUGCUCCAGAUUUUAAGCAACCCGACUUAGAGCGAAUCAAACGACAGAUGAAAUAUCGAGAACCAAAUCGAAACUUAGACAUUUCCAUUGACCAAAAAGAAUUAAACGCUACUAACGAUUUGAAUCAGUUAACUAAUCAAAUUCCUAAUCAGAUACCAAACCAAGUAAACAACGAAUUAUCUAAUCAAAUAUCGAACAAAAUGAAUAAACCGAUGGGCAAUCAAAUUCCAAAUCAAUUGCAUAACCAGGUACCUAAUUCAAAUUAUGCACAAUCAAAUACGUAUCAACAACAGUCGACUUAUCAGCAGCAGAACGUCUAUCAACAGCAAACGAAUUCAUACCAACCCCAACAGAACACGUUCCAGCCUCAAUCGAAUACUAUGCAACAACAACAACAAAAUCAAUAUUCGCAACAGCAAAACUCAUACCAGCAGCAAAGUCAAAAAUCAUUUCAUACGACGAAUAAUAAUCCAAAUGGGAACAAUUCCUAUAACCAAACUAACAAUCCUGCUUCUUUCGUAAACGAAUUCGGGCCUCAGGUUGCAAACAACAAUCAGCAGAGUGCUGGAAAGAAUUCAGGCGUUGAAUUCAACGCUCCAAUUAACAACCCUAGGAAUUCCUUAACGGGGGAGAAUGUCACGAACACAAAUUCGAUACGAAGAAUGUCUCGAAGAGUUUCGGGAGAUAGACCGUACUUAGGAAAUAUUGGACAGCAAUCGUCCAUAGACCAUUUUGACCAUUAUAAGAGGCCACCAAGCAGAGAUUCUAGUGUAGAUCGGUAUUCUAGGGCAACAGGUAGAUUAAGUAACUCCUUGGCGGGAUCCAGACAACCUUCUGUAGAUAGAAACUCAGCGACGAGACUUGAAACUCCCGACAGAACACUUAGAGCACCUUCGACUGCAAGAGGCUCUACCCCAGUGGCGUCAGGAUUAAAUUCUGGAAUUAAGAAUGGAUCAGUACCCACUGGUCAAGGAACUUCACCAACGAUCCACAAUAAUAGUACACCACCAUUCGAAGACGUAAUUCUCCGAAAAAGAGGUCUUGGUCAAGACAUCGUUCCUUCACCGAAUCAGCCAAAGCGGACCGAAAGUCUGUUCAUUCCAGGACAACCAAAUGCCCAAACGGCUAAGGUACUUGCAACGCAAACCUCUCUUCAGCGCAAAAAGUCACUUCCUGAUGUACAGGAGCUCCCAAGAGCCACUCGUCAAAUGCCCAGAGAGGAAGUAUCCUAUUUAGGCUCCGCCCGUCGUGAAGAAGUUCGAAGGCAAAUUGAUGAGCGGGAAAGAUUGCGCGCCAACCCUCUACUCUAUCUAGUCAGUCCACAAGUCAAGGAUUGGUUUUCACGACAGCAGUUGGUCCUUGUAGUUCUCUUCAUCAAUAUUUCUCUGGCGAUUAUGUUUUUCAAACUGCUGACAUAGUAUAGGGUCAGCGUCAGCCCAGACGCCACUUGAGGAAACAUCAAAUCAAAACUUUCUUGGGAUUUAAACCGUUUUUAAAUGCUCUUUUGACAUUGUGAAGAAUCAAGUACAUUCUCGUAUUGGCGCAAUACCGGGUGAAUGUACAACGAUGAUGUUUAUCAAUUUUUGGAGACCCGAAUGGCUUGCUAAGCAUCUGGCCAAAGAAUGAGAUGUGCUGUCAUUAACUGAUGGUGAAGCUGAGAGAUUUUAGUGUGUAAUUUAGAAACAUUUAUCUUAUUGUUGGGGUUUUGAAAUUUUAUCUUUGUUUGAAUUUGUGUCUUGUUUUGUUACCUGUUUUGAAACGAUAGUUUAUCAAUUGGUUGAAAGAUAAAUUUGUUUUUAUUACACUCGUAGUCGAUAUUAUAAUUAUAUAUCACAGUAUAGGGUACACUUAUUUUGCUACUGUUUACUAGUAUUAGUACUUGGAACAUAUAUACUAAACCUGCUUCCAUAUUUAGAUAAAGCUUCCUCUCAUAUCAACAUUUUACUUUGAAUAUAGAACACUAAAGAACAUUGCAAUGUUUUAUAUAUCGCUUUAUAUUUUGUUGGUACAAAGUCAUAAGCAAAAUAUUUUCAUUGUGUUAAUGGAUCAACUUUUGUUAAACUGAAUAUUUCAAUGUUUUAAAUAUUUGGAAUGCUUUUCCUAACUACACUCUAGACUAGCCCUACUGGAUACAGGAAACGCAAAUUGUGACAUAAAUUGAAGGUUUUAUGUACCUACUUUUUGUGUGCUUUCGCAGAACAUUUUCCACCAAUUUUUUUGUGAAAUAUGACUAUUGAAAUAGUUUUAAUAUUUUUUUUUCUAUAAAGACCAAAAAUAUACAAACAUGCUGGUUAAUUUAAAAAAACGUAGAUGUUGCAUUAAAAAGUGUAGCGUCAGUAAUUGUUAGGCUAAUUUUACUCUGGAGAUAUUGUUGUUAAUAAUAAAUUCAACAAUAUUGGAUAGAACUUAUUGUUUCAUAAAGAUAACGCUUAAAAAACUUUCCAUAUCCAACCAUUUUUUUUGUGAAUGAUGGAAAAUACUAUACAAUACUAAAGUUCGUGAAUAAUAGAGAACUAAAAUUAUGCAGUAAUACAAUAAAACUUGCAAAAAGUGUCAGCAUAGCAAAAGUUGAGAGGAGUUAACUGAGUAAUCAUCUUAAUCAUCUACUUAAUCAUCAUUAAUCAUCAAUGUUCAUUUUUCUUUUUUGAAUUUGCUACAAAUAUUUAAAUAGUUGGACAGGAUUAUACUGCCCUUGUAUAUAAGCACAUUAAGGCCCUUGUAAUGCCAAUAUAACUCAGAGCCAUUUACUUGUUGUUUAAGCCUAGUUUUUUUUACCAAAAGAACGUGUGGCUGGGUAGUUUUACCGCAAUUUAUCUCAUUUUGUCAGUUUGCCAUGCAUGAAAUAUCAAAUAACUCUUAAAACUGUAUUAAUAGAGCAAGAACUUAUUACGUACAUAAACAUAUUGCAAACUUUUUACAGUGGAACAAAUGUCAAUCUAUUUUUCUAGCAUUGUAAUAAAAAUAUUUAAAUUCAGAUUGAUUUUUUAAAUUAUGCUUCACAUUUGGUUUUGUAAUAAUAGUCGAGAAUUAUCUGUUAGACUCUACUGUUAGUUUUUUAUGUUAAUUAAUAGUCGACUAGGUAGCAAACCAGGGCAUAAAACAAUAUUAUUUAUUUAAAUAAUUGUUACAAUAAAGUCAGUAUAUUUAGCAAAAAUGUUUGUAAGCCUUGAGUCUACAUAAGGACCAUUAUUAUUAUCAGUUUUUGUUCAGACUUGUUAAUUAUUUUUGUAGUGUAUAUGAUGUGUUUUAUUAUAGAGUUUAAAUUGUAUGAAGCCGGUUAUUGUUAUCUAUAGGCUAGAUCAAUUUUGUUAAUAAUAUUUGAUUUAUUUUAUAAAGUUUUCAGUUCUAAUAGGUAUAUAAUCAUGAAAAGAUCGUUCUGGUCUACCGAUAUUACUAGCUACGUAUUGUACGAAUAUUACCUUAAAGUUUCCAAAUAAUUUCAAUUUUGUUCGUAGGUACUUACUAAAUUCUUAAAGUCUAAAUAAACACUAUGUUGCGUGCCUUGUUCAUACUUUGUAAGUGAUUCGUAUAAAACCAUAAUGUGGUUUGUACAUUUUUGCAAACUUACCAAUUUUUACCAUUAAUGGAAAUUAAACCCUUACAAAUAUUAAACAUUUCUAGAUUUAUAUGAAUCAACAAUGAUGUAGUAUACCUAAUAUGUCACUUUAUAUUUUCAAUUUAAUAAAUAUGGCUGAUUAAAACAUUACUCUUUAGUCACAUUGACUUUA